GAUGUGCAUGGAGUAGCAGGGAAGAGGGAGCUGCAGCUAGAGGCGGGAUCCUCUGCUAGGAGCUGUGUAUUUUCCCACAGUGGGAAAUGGACAAGCUCCCUCUGGGAAUCCGGCUCCAUGAGACUUUAAUCAGCAGAGCAGCUGCUUCCUGCCAUUAUCCUAUUAAACACGCAGGUAGUGCUUCACACAAAGGGAUUCUGCUCCUCACCUCUAAGUAAGCUGCGGCCCAAGAAGAGAUGUGACAGGCGGCACUGCAAUCUGAGGAACUCAGAAGGGGGCAGGUGCCCCCAUUUCAGAAUAAAAACAGCUUAAGCAUGUCAGCCCAUGAAGGUGCCAGCUCGGCACCCACUCACUUGCACCCCAUCAGUAGAACGUUAACGCUGCGGGGAAGACGUGGGCACACAGCAGAGAGUAGCAGUCAAGGGACAGUGGCAGGGUGCAAGAAGGUGCAUAGCUCCCUGAAUAAGGUGACCGCCUGUUAUCGGCAGCUGGUGAUGUGUGUUGGUGGAACAUCAGACUGUAGUCGGCUGCGAGAGGAACUGGAGGAGAGCAGGAAGAAAGCCUUUGAUCUGAGCACAGAUCUGAUGAACACAUUGAUGGUCUUGCUGAUGGAGCAAGAAGUGACUCAGGAGGAGAGAGUGGAGUUGGAACGUACAUGGGUUCUCUUCCUCUCCACUCUAGAGAUUUUCCAGCAGGAUCUGUGUAAAGCACACCACCUUUGCCAGCUCUUUCCGCUGCAUGCCCGACGCAAGAGACUAGUCAAUACUGGAGUUAUAGGCAAAACUUCAGAAGUUGCCUACAGGGCCCGCAACAUCAAGUCACCCAGCAGCAGAUUACGGGAGAAUCCACAGCGAGCUGAGAGACCCUGUUCCCCAGACCUGGCUGAUCAAAUAGAACAUGUGGAAAGGAUGCUGCAUGAUAUGCAGAUGAAAGUCAGCAUUCCUAUAUGGACAGUUGAGGCCACCGAAGAGGCUUGGGCAGAGGUUAGCUCCACCUGUGACCUCGAUGAGGGCUCAGACAAUGAGAUUUUAGCAGGUGAAGAUAUUUCUAGUAGGGGCUGUUGUGCUCAAAGGCAAUCACUUGCUCGCCCUCUGUGUAUGGUUUCAUAACAAACUUGUACCGCUGAAUUCUCAAACAGCUGAAUAUUACAGCUCAGAAGCAAGUGGUGAGUAAGCAAGCUGUGGUCUCAGUCCAAAGAAAAAUCCGCUUAAUAGAAGAGAGCCGGAACCGGGGAGAAAACACUUGGUACGGGAUCUGAUCUUGGAACCAACUGUUUGUGGAGCAUAAUUUACCAGAAAAUAAUAUAAACAGCUUAGUAUAGUUACACGUUUCCCAACUGUUGUGCUGGCUCAUCAGUGACCACCUUUCAUUUACCCUAAGGUAUACAAACCCUUUGGCACUCAACCACCUAUUUCAAGGAAUGUAUCAGGAAGUAAGUCCCUAGACUGAUUUUAUUAAGAAACAGCUAGUGUCAAAUGAUGGCUCUCAUUGUUUUUAUAGGACAAGGCAGAAGAACUGUAAAGGAGGAUUCCUCUGGGUGAAAACACAAACAACAUUUCAAUGGACAUUAAAUGUUAAUGUAUGCACCAGUGUGUUAGUGCUUAAUGACCACUAUAUUGAACUUACUUUCUUUUCAAUUAAGAAAAUAGCGUGAGUUGAGCAAUCUAAUCUAUUUUGAGGCAGGCAUGUCCUUCUCAGGGUGCAUGCAAAAUUAAGCACUUACUGGAAGAUGAUUUUCUCUUUCCCUGUUAAUUAUCCACUCCUACUUUGAAGAAGAGAAAGACAAUGUGGCCGUUCCACAAAGAAUCAGUUUAAAUUAGGCAGGUAAUUUCCUCAGUUUGCAGUAAAAUAAAAUCGUUUUCCAGGCCAUUUAAAAAGACACAUUAUAAUUAAAAAAGUGAGAGUCCCUUCUUUCCACAUGUCCAUCUUGGACGUGCCUCAGAUCCUAAAGAAAUUUGGAUUUGGCAACCAAACCUGAAGCAUGACCUUUUUAAUAAGUAUAAUGUAGCAUUGGUGCCUCUGUCAUGUAAAUAUAAAAUUAAUAAACUAUUGCUUUUAUAUGAAUGAAUAAGUUAAUGGGUAUUCAGCAAAAGACCAGAAAUUAGACAAGUUACAUUUUUUCCCAUUCAUAAAUAAACUUGGCAAAUCUUU